CGGCGGGACUGCGCCGCCGCCCGCCAUGGCGGCCGAGGGGAAGGUGACGGGGCAGAGCCAGGAGCAGUUCCUGCUGCUGGCCAAGGCGGCCCGCGGCGCCGCGCUCGCCAGCCUGAUCCACCAGGUGCUGGAGGCCCCGGGCAUCUACGUGUUCGGGGAGCUGCUGGACAUGCCCGCCGUGCGCGAGCUGGCCGACGGCGAGUUCUCGCCCGUGUUCCGCCUCCUCACCAUCUUCGCCUACGGCACCUACGCGGACUACCUGGCUGAAGCAGCAAACCUCCCUCCCUUGACAGAGGCCCAGAAGAACAAACUGAGGCACCUGUCAGUCGUCACUCUGGCUGCCAAGAUCAAGUGCAUCCCCUACUCGGUGCUGCUGGAGCAGCUGCAGCUGAAGAACGUCCGGCAGCUGGAGGACCUGGUGAUUGAGGCUGUGUAUGCAGAUGUGCUGCGAGGGAGCUUGGAUCAGCGCAACCAGCGCCUGGAGGUGGACUACAGCAUUGGCAGGGACAUCCGCAGGGAGGAGCUCAGCACCAUCACCCGCACGUUGCAGGAGUGGUGCCAGGGCUGCGAGGUUGUGCUGUCGGGCAUCGAGGAGCAGGUCAGCCGGGCCAACCAGCACAAGGAGCAGCAGCUGGCCCUCAAGCAGCAGAUCGAGAGCGAGGUGGCCAACCUGAAGAAGACCAUUAAAGUGACAACAGCAGCCGCUGCAGCAGCCACGUCCCAGGACCCAGAGCAGCACCUCACGGAGCUCAGGGAGCCAGCCCCUGGCACCAACCAGCGCCAGGCGAGCAAGAAAACCUCCAAAGCCAAAGGGCUCCGGGGCAGCACGAAGAUUUGGUCUAAAUCAAACUAGUUGGAUCUCCCUUCACAACUGGGAGGGCAGCGUCUCCCUCCUUUUCAUCGCAGCAUUUCACACUCUGAGCUUCAGGUUGUACGCGUUGCUGUUUCCCCAACCGCUCAAGCCCCCGUCGCCACGGCCACGUGUUUCUCUCUUUCUCUCUCCCUGUCUUUUGACAGGUCAAUUUCAGGAGCCAUAAAGGUGUGACAGUCACCUUGGCACCCCCAGGGCAUCACAAAAGCUUGGAAAGAGGGUGCUGGUGUGCAGCAGUCGUUUUGGCUCUAUGAGACCCCCCCGGGAUACUUUGCUACAGGACACCGUCUUUGAUUGUUUAAUCUUUGUUUUGCUAGGUGGGAGGGUAGUUUUUGAAGGGAUUCUUUUAAAAAGUAUAAAAAUAUAUUAUAAAUAUAUAUAAAACAAUAAAAAUAGAGAUCUAUGGACAUAUCUAUACAAACUGCGCUCCUGUGGGAGGCAUCUCUUUGCCUUGUAUGCCAGUUCUGGAGGUUCCAAAAUAAGCUGUGAUGUUAAGAGCCUUUGUCCCAUUUUGGGGCGGAAUAUCCUCAAAAUACUAGGUUCCCUUUUCAAAGGUAGUGCCACAGUAUCUCUGUUGGGAUGAGAGUCCAUAAAACAGAAAUUAAUCAUAAAUCUUAUUUAAAG